UUCACAGCUGUGUCUCCUUCAAUUUGAGCUCAUCAGGUUCUGCAAAAUGAUGCCUUUUCAAUAGCCUGCCUGUGUUACCCAGUGCUUCAGAAUGCACCAAGUCACCUAACAUUUUGACAAACAACGCCUGUAUCAAUUUCUCUCCUCAUCCUCCUUUCCUCCUCCCUUUCCUCCCCCCAGCAAAGGAACCAGCUUAUCUCUGGAGUUAGGCAAACACAAUAGAGGAGAUGGAUAAACUCUCCUUUCAGGUGAAUUCACAUGAGGGUGGGCUCCCAGGUCAUCUGAACAAAUAUGAUUCCCUGUUUAGUAACCAAAAGCAUUUGAAAGAGGGACCACUGAAUGGGCUGAGCAUGUACUGAGCAUGUACACCCUGCCAGUGUGCUGGGAUUUGAAACCCCCUCGAAAAGCUGAGCAGCUUCAAAGGAACCUAAUGGGGAGAGGUAAAUGUAAAAAUGCUAACAAAUACCAUCCCCUGUUAUGAAAUGCACGAUUGGGGUGGGAGGGACUUGCAUGGUAUGUCUGUUUCUGUGGGAUCUGAUAUAACUGUAAGCUCUUUACAAUGUUCUUUUCAUCCUUGUGGACUGCCUGAUGGAAGCAGCAGCUAAAAGCAAAUCAGAGGGUGAGAGGGUGAGUCUUGCUGGUGAGAAUUAGUAGCAUCAGGAGAGAAAUAUUGCACACCUAACCGACUGAAUUAUGCAUUAUGCUGCAAAAUCCCCAAUGUCAAUACACAAAUGCUAUUCCUGUUGUUUUGCCUGUGAUGAUUGGCAGCAAAGAAAUUCAAAUCACAUCCACACAGCAAUUUCCUGCUGUAACUAAGUCUCUCCUAUCCAGGCGGGUAUGCUUGUGCAGACAAAAUCUAUGCAGUAUAGUAGGUGCUUUAGGAAGAGGUUAAAAAAGGAUGCUGAAAACACUUUCCUGUGUUCAGCAAUACCAAAUGUUGUCAGGUUAGCGUGUACUCACCCCUUUUGCUUGUGGGCAUUGUAGGUUAGAUGUUACCCCAGACCUUGGGAGGACUGGGUGAAGAAGUCCAUACUGAGGCAUUGAAAGUGAUUUGAGGCACACAUCUCCAUGGAAGGACUUUUCUCUCCCCAAACGAGAUAAGAGAAUGGAAAACAGAGCCAAACUAAGUGUCAUCCCCAAUACAAAGGAGCAGUGGGGUCAGCACUACAUGGCAGACUAAGAGGAUUAUGAAAUUGCAUGUAAUAAAUGCUAUUGCAGCGAUCCCACUGCCAAAGAGCAACCACAUGGCCUGACCAAAAUGAUCCAGCUGCUGCUGAGGGCAGAGCUGCUGAAUGAUUCAGUUGUGCUGGGAGGACAAGGCAGCCCAGAUCUGUCUUCCUGGAAAGCUGCUUUGCAGUAACCUGUGCUUGAAAAGAUAUUGUCUUUGAGGUGACUGUGGUGCUUGUUCCUGUUCAACCAUGUGAAUAAGACGUGCAGAUGGAUAGACAUCCAUUGGGAGCCAGAGCCCCACCUUGAGAGCUCAAAAUGCGGAGGCAAGCCCAAGGGAGGGCAGGCUGCCUACUUAGGGUUAGAAAAGCCACCCUGCCCAAUCCUCAGUUUCCCCACUGAUGCAAGAGCGAGGCCAAUGUUUUCCCCAAAAGAGUGUUUGUGAAGUCCUCUGAAGAAGGGCGCUCUCAUAAAUGCCACGCUAUUUUUAUUAUUGGGGUCAGGGAGGAGAACAUGCAUAAAGGUGAUGAAGCUUUUGAAACACAGGUUCCCAUUAAUAGUCUUUAGGAGUUCUUAUUAUAAUCUAAUUUGACUGGAAUUGGAUUACUCUUAUAAUGCUAUAAUGUCAUUUCCAUGGUCUUUUUGUAUUUUUAUUGUUACUAUGCACUAAUGCAAUAUCCUGCCAGAGCUCUGAGAAGAGGAUGUGAGUUUAGUGAAUUGUUGAUAACAUUUUUGCAGGGCAUUUUUAUUGCUCCUGUUGGGCUCAUACACUGUAAAGUCCCACAGUGCCUGGAAAUAGCAGGAACAUCCCCAAAGUCAUCUUGAAUUAUCUUGUAACAGGGUCCACUGGUGAAAGCAAUGUAUUCAGAGCCAAGACACCAGGGGUCUGCUCCCAGCUGGUCCCUGACCUGUGCCGGGAGCUCACCUGAAUCAUGCCACUGUUUUUCUCCCCCUCUUCAGCUGGAAGUGGAAAUAAUUUGCCCAUAUAGGAAUGUAGUGGGUCUGUGGUCUAUAUCCCUGACCAUCUAAAAAAGUUUCCUUGUAUCAUCAAGCUUUAAUGCUUCCUUUUCAUUGAGUUUAUCCUGGAAAAAAAAAUGCUUUUUUCCUGCCUGUGUCCUGUAUUUCUUAAUUUGCCUUUUAUUUUUCUUCUGCUAUUAUUUGUUUCUCUAUUUAUGCAUCUUUUGAAGCACUGUCUUUAUCCUGCACCUAUUUAAAGAUGCUGAAAGUUUUUAUUUCAAAGUAGCCCCAUGGUGCUUGCUCUGAACAUUCAUGGGCCUGUCCAUGAGGACUUGGAAAGGAGGCUGCAUGUGAACAUAAAGCAAGCUGCGCAAUAUUCCAGUGGAUGACGUUUCAGUCCUCAAAUCAUCUAAGAGAAAAGGCAUGGCCUUGGCCCAGCGGCAAGUGGCGGUGCAGGAAGGGCCCCUUUACCGCACGGAGGGUUCCCACAUCACGCUGUGGUGCAAGGUGAGCGGCUACCAGGGUCCGUCGGAGCAGAACUUCCAGUGGUCCAUCUACCUGCCCUCGGCCCCUGAGCGGGAGGUGCAGAUCGUCAGCACCGUCGACCCAUCCUUCCCCUACGCCAUCUACACCCAACGCGUGCGCAGCCGUGGGAUCUACGUGGAGCGGGUGCAGGGGGACGCCGUCCUGCUGCACAUCACUGACCUGCAGGACCGGGAUGCUGGCGAGUACGAGUGCCACACGCCCAACACUGACGAGAGGUACUUUGGGAGUUACAGCGCCAAGAUGAACCUCGUGGUGAUUCCUGACUCACUGCGAGUCACAGCGGUCCCACAGACACUGAACAAAGUGGAGCACGACUCCCUGGAGCUGAAGUGUGAGGUGUCUAAGAGCACAGCCCAGCACAGCCAUGUCUCCAUUGCCUGGUACCGGCAGCGGGGCAGCGAGGUGCCUGUUGAGGUCAUCUCCCUCAGCCGUGACUUUGUCCUGCGGGCUGGCAGUGCCUAUGCCCAGCGGCAUGCUACAGGGGACAUUCGCUUGGACAAAGUUGGGGAGACCACCUCAAAGCUCACCAUCUACAACCUCCAUCCUUCGGAUCAGGGCGAGUUUUACUGCGAGGCAGCAGAGUGGAUCCAGGACCCUGACAAGGCUUGGUAUGCCAUGACCCGCAAGCGUUCCCAGGGUGCCAUCGUCAGUGUGCAAGCCACCGAUAAGGAGUUCAGUGUCCGGCUGGAAACAGAGAAGCGGACAUACAUUGUGGGUGAGCCGGUGGAGUUUCGGUGCAUCCUGGAGGCUCAGAAUGUCCCUGACCGCUACUUCUCCAUCUCCUGGGCUUUCAACAGCUCCCUCAUUGCCAGCCUGGGACCCAACGCUGUGCCGGUGCUCAACAAUGAGUUUGCCCAGCGCGAGGCCCUGGGCCAGCUCAAGGUAGCAAAAGAAAGUGACAGUGUUUUUGUGCUGAAGAUCUACCGCCUCCGCCUUGAGGACAGUGGCAAGUACAACUGCCGGGUCACCGAGCGGGAGAAGACUGUCACGGGGGAUUUCAUCGACAAGGAGAGCAAGCGGCCAAAGAACAUCCCCAUCACUGUCCUGCCGCUCAAGACCAGCAUCUCCUUGGAGAUUAUCAACAACGCCAGCAAUGUCUUGGAGGGGGAGAGCCUGCGCUUUGGCUGCAACGUGCGCUCAGGCUUUGGGCCCCAAAGCCGCCUGUCUGUUGCCUGGCACCUGGUGGACAAGCUGAACCGGCGCAGUGAAAUUGUGCGUCUGGAUCGGGAGGGCACGCUGCAGCCAGGCCCCUUGUACACCGAGCGCAGCAGCUAUGGGGGCAUCCAAGUGGAGCAGGUCCGGCCUGGCUCCUUCACCCUGGAGAUCUUCAACAGCGUCAAGGCAGACGAGGGCCACUAUGAGUGCCGGGUGGCGGAGUGGACACGGACACUGGAUGGGGAGUGGCAGAUGGUUGGGGAGCGCCACACAGGCACCCCGGUGUCCAUCACUGCUCUGGAGGCUGGCUUUGCUGUCACAGCCAUCUCCCGCACCCCUGGUGUGACCUACAAUGAGUCUUUCGACCUCCAGUGCAUCAUCAAGCCCCACUACCCGUCGUGGGUACCGGUGUCGGUGAUGUGGCGUUUCCAGCCUGCGGGCAGCACCGAGUUUCAUGACCUGGUCACCUUCACGCGUGACGGCGGGGUCCAGUGGGGUGAUGGGUCCAUUGGUUUCCGGACCCGCACUGCCAUUGAGAAGGCCGAGUCCAGCAACAACGUACGCUUGAGCAUCAGCAGGGCGAGCGACACAGAAGCCGGCAAGUACCAGUGUGUGGCUGAGCUCUGGAGGAAGAACUACAACAGCAGCUGGACGCGGCUGGCGGACAGAACUUCCAACCUGCUGGAAAUCAGAGUCCUACGGCCAGUGACCAAGCUGCAGGUGAGCAAGUCAAAGCGGAGCAUCACUCUGGUGGAGAACCAUCCCAUCCCACUCAACUGCUCAGUGAAGUCCCAGACCAGCCCUGACUCGCACUUUGCUGUGCUGUGGUAUGUCCACAAGCCCUCCGAUGCCGAUGGCAAGCUCAUCCUGAAGACCACCCAUAGCUCAACCUUUGAGUAUGGCACCUAUGCAGAGGAGGAGGGGCUGCGGGGCCGGCUGCAGUUUGAGCGCUCAGCGUCAGGAGGGCUCUUCAGCCUGACAGUGCAGCGGGCAGAGGUCCGAGACAGUGGCAGCUACUACUGCCACGUGGAGGAGUGGCUGCUCAGCCCCAACCACGCCUGGUACAAGCUGGCAGAGGAGGUGUCGGGCCGCACAGAGGUCACCGUCAAGCAGCCAGAUAACCGCCUGCAGGUGAACCAGACCCACGGGAACAUCACGGUGCUGGAGAACCAGUGGGUGACCCUGGAAUGCAUGGUCAGCAACAGGACCAGCCCCUCAUCCCAGCUCUCAGUGGAGUGGUACGUGUGGCGGCCAGGCCACCCGGAGAAGGAGGUGGUGGCCCGGCUGAGCCAGCAGAGCAUCCUGCGCUACGGGGACCUGGCGGCGCUGGGAAACCUGCGGAGCCGGCUGCACCUGGAGAGCCCAUCCCCGGGUCUCUACCUCCUCUCCAUCCAAAAUGCCACCGUGCAGGACAGUGGAGCCUAUGACUGCCGCGUGGAGGAGUGGCUCCUCGACCCCAGCGACCACUGGUACAAGCGGGCAGAGGACCUCUCCGGUCUCAUCACUCUCACUGUCAAGCAGCCAGAUCCCACCUUGCAGGUGGAAACAGCUACCGCUAACCUCACAGUGCAGGAGAAGGAGUCCUUCCCACUGGACUGCAGUAUCCUAUCCCGCUCCAGCCCAGAGUCCCAUUUCGCAGUGACAUGGUACAACAUGCAGGCUAAAGAGGCCAGUGGCCAGACGGAGGAGGACGAGGAACAGGAGAGAGAAGCAGUGCUGACCGUGGGCCCCGAUGCCAUCUUCAGCACUGAGGCCAGUCGCUGGGAGGGGCGCCUGCGCUUCCAGAGGCUCUCAGCGGUUCUUUUCCGGCUGACAGUGCUGCAAGCCAGCGGAGCCGACACGGGGAACUACUCGUGCCAUGUGGAGGAAUGGCUGGCGGACCCCAGCGGCGUGUGGUACCGGCUGGCAGAAGAGGAGUCAAGCACGGUUGCUGUUCACGUGCAGGAUGCAGGCUCCAGCUUGCAGUCUGUCAUCUGCUCCAACGAUGCCCUCUUCUACUUUGUGUUCUUCUACCCCUUCCCCAUCUUUGGCAUCUUGAUCAUCACCAUCCUCCUGGUGCGGUUCAAAAGCCGGAACUCUAGCAAGAACUCUGAGGGCAAGAACGGGGUCCCCUUGCUGUGGAUCAAAGAGCCUCACCUCAACUACUCUCCCACCUGCCUAGAGCCACCAGUCCUCAGUAUCCACCCAGGAACCAUGGAUUAAACAGGCAGAGGCACCCAGGGGGACAAGCAAAGAGAGAAGCAGACACACCGGGAGCCUUGAGGAACAGAGUGGGUUUUGUUGUUCUUGUUUCAUUUGUUUCAGUGUCUGUGCUCUGACAUGGCGGCUGAGCUCUGUGGAGCACCCAGCCAGCAGGGACGGGAAGGUCCAAGGCUUCCUCCAGCACUGGUGGAGAAUGUGCCACCUCAUCCUGAUGGACAGAGAGUCGCUGCUCUUGAUGUACAUAGCAGAUGCUCCUCUCGGACUAAUUUUGUUCCCAUCAGUUGCUGUCCUUUUGGCCGUUACUAUUUUGUUGUUUCUUUUUUGGUCACUGAAAGAACUGUAGGCUUCCCCUGCCUUCCACACAGCAAGGGGUUCCAAGGGGGCAUUUGGUCCUGGGAUGAUCUCUUUGGAAGUAAAUGUAUAUGUUUUCCAAAACAGCCUGGUUUUCCUACUCAGACUCGGUGCCAAGGUGAAGAAGGUCUUUUCCCAAGGUGUGUAGCUCCUCCUAAAAUAGAUAAAGCCAGGUCCACCUACAAGGGGUUAGCUGAGCUAUCAAGAUGUCCAUCUCAAAGACUGGCUCAUACCCACUGUCUCAGCAUCUUCUUGCCUCCAUCUACUGUUCUCUCAGGAGGGAGCAAUUCACCUUUUGGAGUGUUUCAAGGUCUUGGAGAGACUGAAUAUUGAGCACAUUAGUGAUCAGGACAAAAGCAAUUUAGUUUGUCCCCAAGAACUGAAGGGAGGGAUGGAAGGAGGACACCUGAAAGCUCUGACUUUGUUGGUAGCAAAGAAGGUCCUUGUACAGUCCAGCUUACCAGAGUUGUGCUCCUCCAUGGUAUCCAUGCUGCAACCUCUGACGAGGCGGGUUCCCUGUGUGCCCCAGCCGCCUGGGGAUGAGUGGCUGGAUCCAGUCUCUGAAGACUUCAAUAUGACCAAAGUAAUGACUCUAGGAAGGGGGAAGGGAGAAGCUCCGUGGGUUGGGUUCACAGCCCCUGGAUGGCUCCAGCCAGAGCCCAUUUGCAGCCAUGCUGUGCAGCGAGGACAUGCAAUUAACCACCAUGUGUCAUGAGUUUCCCUGUGGCUUGCACUGCUUUCUGGUGUGAGCUUGGACAGGGUGAGGAACCUGCACCGCACUGGCACCCUGGGGGCUUCCUUGUCCCCUUGGGCUGAGAGAAAUCUUCCCUGUGUGUGCACGUGCAUCUGCCAUUUUGAGUUUCUGGGGCUUGAGAAGGAGAAACCAUUUUUCCAUCAGCUCCCCAACCUGGCAGUCAUCUGCUCUUGCAGGCAGUCGCUGUGGCAGGAAAUGCUGUUCUUUCUGUGAAAGAUAUGGCUCUCAUGAACCAAACCAGGGCUCUCACCACAUGGGGCACCUGAGCUCCCGUGUACCCCUUAAUGCCAAGUACCCCUGCCAUGUCCUGUGGGGGAAUCCGCCUCCUCCCGUAUACACCCCAAGUGUUAUGUCUGGCGGAAGAAAAUGUUUGCCAAAAAUGGCCUUUUGUUGUCUUCCUCAAUGUCUUCCUGGCAAAUCCAGCCAUUUGUAUUUUGCAGCAUGGCUGAAGCCAACCAGGACGGACGGGCACAGCCACAAGACUCCCUACACCUCACAUGUGAGAGGUGCCAUACCCACAGCCGUUGUCCUCUUCAGAAGUGUUGGACUGCUCUUUGUGAAGAGACCAAGACCUCAGUAGAUGCUCUGUAGCACUAGUUGGUUAGACCCUGAUGCCUUGAUGUUUCAGAGGUGGUGAAGCCUCAGAUGGAAGAUCUGCAGUGCAUGUCCUCUCUUCCAGCUGGGAGAGGACCCAUGUGGCCGUGGACUCUUCCAUGCUAGGGCAUUUGAAGUCAGCCACCUCUGCUCUUCCACUAGAACAUUGGUUUCUUCUUCCACUGGGAAGCCCAAAUUUCACUCAUCCCUCUGCAAAGUCUGCCUCCUCAAGAUGUAACUGCUUACUGACCCCAGCAUAUGCAUAGUAUCACACUCCUAUAUAUAUAUGUACACACAUAUUGCACACCUGCACACUUGUCUUCCCUUUCUGGUUACGACAUCUGCAAAGAGAGGAGUGGGAUGAGAAGUGAAUGGAAAUGAAGAACCAAGGAGCGAAUAGCAGCAGCUGAAGCCAGUGGGUACUGUUUUGUAAAUGUAGUGUCUCCUGUACCUUCUGCUCUGGGGCAGGAACUGCAAUUCACUUCAGCUUUAAAGGAAGGAAGAAGAGAAAAUGAAGUCAGCAGGAUCUGUUCUUCCCUGGGAGAGAACUGUGGUGCAUCUGAGCCAUGCUCCUCAUCAGCGUGUCUGCCCUGGAGCAGGGCUCUCCUGGAGAGCUCUCCAUGGCCCUGUGCCCCUGACUGGAUUGGGUCCCUUCACAGCCCUGAGGUUCCAGCACCAAGCCCAGGCUUUCCUGGGCUUCCAGGUGGUCCUUGAAUGUACCUUGCCGGUGGCGUUUCUCCAUUGCUCUGGCAGAUGCUGCCCAGUCUCAGACUUCUGUUUUUAUUAGACAGACUCUUCCUGUAACGAGUUUUAACAUGAAGCUUUUCAAACCACUCUCUCUACUGUAACUUCCUGUAACAAAGCCAAGAAGAGAGAUCCUCUAUCCAUGCAUGAUGUGGAAAAAUAUUUUGGAUUUUUUUUUUAAAAGCAGACGUUUAACAAAAUCUUUGUACUAUGUUGCACUAAAACAUGUUUUAUACAACACACCGGAGAGCUGUAGUAAACUGUGUUGAAAUUGUGAA